AUGGAUUCUCGCUCUUGGCCGGAGGGUUCACCAUGCUGCCGGAGCAAAGCCAUUCAAGAGCUGAUACAGUCGCCGGAAAACUCCUAUUGUGUAGAAGAUCAAGCCUUGGAUAUGUUCGGCAACACCCUUUCAUUCAUGAGUAGUUACAGCGUCAACAAGGUCUCUAAGAUCCCGAUAAAUAAUAUAAGUUCUUCUAAUUGUUUGGAUGGCCGGAGAUCAAUAGCCACGGACAAGAUGGUUAAAACAGUGAAAAAUAGUAGAGGCUGCUAUAUCAGAAAGCGCUCAUGGACAUCCACAAAAGUAACUUCUUUGAUUGAUGAUGGACAUGUAUGGAGAAAAUAUGGUCAAAAGGAGAUCAUCAAUGCAAAACACAAAAGAAACUAUUAUAGGUGUACACACAAAUUUGACCAAGGAUGUCAAGCAACCAAACAAGUUCAGCAGACCGAACAUGAGCCUACAAAGUAUAAGAUAACUUACAACCGACACCACACUUGCAAUACUUUCCUAAGUACCCCUCAAUCAGCACCUUCUCUAAUGCCGACAAGGCUAGUACAUGGAGAUGUGAUCUCAAAAGAGGUAUAUUCACCAAUUUUUGAGAUGGACCAGAUACUUGAAACUAUUGAUUAUAGUGAAAAUCCAUUUGAUUUGGCUCAUUGUGAGCUCAUUAGUUUAAAUUAUUCAUAUAACGUAUAG